GGGGGGCACGCGCGCUGACCAAGAACGGCACCGACCCCAGGCACGCCAAGCGCAGCCGCGACACUGUGGUCGCCAAGGCUGGGGAGCACGGCAUCCACGCUGACGCGAGCCUCGCCAGGACCACGAAGUACUUCGGCAGGAGGCAUGCCCCCGAGGAGGUGGCGAGACAACUGCUGCAUCGUAUCCACGACCUGAGCAUCGAGGACCUAGAGCAGUUCAAUGUCGCCACGGCCCGCUGGGCUGCGCGCGCUGCCGGCUGGGCGCGGGCCCAGGCAGGAUGCCAGCGCGCCAAGUGGGUCAGCACCACGCGGAAGACGGCGCAGGGGCUCGCCCACAAGCAGGCCAAGGGCGACAAGCCAGUGGCCCUCGAGACCGUCCUGCCUGGCGAGGCGGUGGCCGACCCUAUGCUGCAGGUGAAGCUGCGCGCGGCCGCGCGGGAGGGGGAGGAGCUGGAGGAGCACGCCGCGCAGGGCGUGACGCAGGCGUUGCUGGCCAUCCCCGUCAGGAAAGCGAUGGGCGUAGACGCUCUGCGCAGCUCGGAUAUCUCGCGUCUACCUGACGUCGCGGUGCAGGCAUGGGUGGACAUGAUGAACCAGGUUGAGCAGGAUUUGGCGUGGCCGAUGCACGCGCUCACUACCGCCCUGGCCCUCCUGCCAAGGUCCCGAGGCGGUGGCCGCACGAUAGGCAUCCUGACACUGCUGAACAAGGGCCGGUCGAAGGCGCGCGUCUCCGCUACGGACGCCUGGUCCGGCGACCUCGAGCACUACCCGGGCGCCGCAAGCAGUGGCAGCAGCGCACUGCGCGCUGCCCUCUGUAGGUCCAUCAUCGACGAGAGCGCGGCGGUCAUGGGCUUCUGCGCCCUCGAGGCCACGAUGGACCUGGAGAAAUUUGUCGACGGCAUCGACCUCAUCCUGUUGCUGGAGGUUGCGAAGCAGGAGGCGGAGCGCUCCAUCGUGGCAGGCAGCAACCAGGGCGUGAAGGUGGCCAAGAUGUUCCUGCGCCCGUUGCUACUUGCGGCGGCAAUUGACAGCACGGGCGACGCCAUGAAGACAUUCGCCAAGCAGUGCGAGGCCGACAAUACGACGUUAUCGUCCAAGUCCAAGUCCGUCGUAGCAUCCUCUGACAACGACGCGGCGAGGAAGGCUGCGCACGAGGCCAGACUCCAAGGUGCACCAGCGGCAGCGGCCAGCCACGCUGUUGAUUUCGGAGUGGGCACCACGGCGGGCAGGAGGCGCACCAAGGCCAAAGCCAAGCAGCGAGGAGCUCAGCCUGCGCUGGUCUACGGCCACAAGAUCCUCGGAACGGCGUUCAUGAUCGUCUUGAGACUGCGCCGGUUGGCCGCGAGCGCCGUCGCUGGCAGGACGGCAGCGAUGCUGGCCUGGCUCUGCCUCGGCAGCUACUGGCAGAAUGGUUGCAGGCACCCUGAGCACCAUCGUCGAGUGGAGCGGGCCUGGCGCACGCUGCACGCUGGCCUCAAGGGCCGACCACUUGCCAAGAGAUGGGCCAAGGUCAAGGGAGCCAUCUCGACGGUCAUCUGCACGCCCUUCACAAUCGGCUGGGACGUUCUUCAGGCGACGGAGCGGGAGUUGGGCGUUUGCGAGCUUUGGAGAAUGAGCAACCUUGAAGAGGCAUUGGUCUUCAAGACGGCGUUGCCUAACACCAAGUACGGCGGCAGUCGGCUCGUCUUCAGAGAGAUGGAAAGCAUUCCAUGUGGGCGCUUCUGUUACAAGUGGUUGCUGGAGAGUCGUGGCCGCGCGUUCGGCAACAUGCUAGAGGCCUUGCAGAUGACAAUAUUUGUCCACGCUGCGGUCAGCAG